UAUUGUACGUGAAUAUAAAUGUCUUUGAGGUACAACUUCAGUUGCCUGGAUCAGCAAAAAUACUGUAACCCACUUCUGUCAUUUGCUUUCCAGGAAAUGACCCAGUCAUGGCCACCUCUUCUGACAGAUAUUCCUACUCCUCCUACUGCAGAGCCUUCCAAAUUUCCAUUACCAACAAAGGAGUCGCAGCCUGUUGGAUGUGUAGCACAGAACCAGAGACAGUACGAUGGACCUUCGGAUACGUUGCCUCGUUCUCAGACAACAGUAUCAGUGCUGCUCCAGGAAGACCUGCAAGUCAGUGAUAGCGAAGACAGCGAUGACAACCAAGUCGGUUUUAGAUGUUUUAUACGCUGGGCGCGCAGACAUCCCUUUAAAUCAUCAGGCCUUGUUGCGUUGUUCCGAAUGCCUUAAGCUAACCUUUACUCUCAUUCUCCUCCUUCUUUUUUGUGAACAAAACAGGUUGCUGACAGUCCACUUGCUCCUCCAAGGUACAGCUUUGUUCUUGAACUAACAGCUAGACUAAAUAAGAAGGGAAAAACAAACUACGUCUUAAUAUAUGGGGUGCAUGGG